GGUCACAUAUUUUCAAUUAAAUGAUCAGAAAUGAUCUGUAACUGUGCUUGUAAUUUUUAAAAUUAAUGUACAUUUGUGGUUUACCAGAUGAUUGUACAUUAAUAGUUUUGUCUAACUACAUCUUUUAAUAAUUUUGUAAAAUAGUUGACGAGCAGAGGGGAAAUGAAGUUAAAUUUGGUUGUACGUAUAGUUUUCUAUUGUGCGUUGUCGGUGCUGAUUAGUCCAUAUUAUGAUGGGUGGUCAUCCACCUCACGAUACCUGAUUAGGGAGGGAGUUUAUGAAAGCGAAUGUACCAGCGCUGAGCUGGCCCUCGCUAUCAAGAAGGACAAAGUAAAGUGUAAAGCUCAGGCUUAUAGGGUUGGUAGGCUACUUUCAUUCUAUCGUAUAUCGGAGUUUUUAUCGAGUGUAUUUAUAGGAAUGUGUAUGGACAAUGUUGGUCCUAGAAUAACUAUCAUCAUUUCUAUAUUCCUUAGGAUGUUGUCUUGGUUUUUAAUCCCGAUAUACCAUGCUAACACACCUGUGAUCAUGCUUUGUUGCAUACUUUGCGGUAUUACAACGAAUGGGCUUGCCUUCCCUGUAUAUACACUUUCGCAAUACACUACAAAGUACUACAAUCUUUGUAUGAUAGCAGUUUCGAUAGCGUUAUCCCUGGGGACAUUUUAUACUGUGGUCUUGAAUUAUAUAUACGACUGGUUCCCCGAUGCUUCAUCUCAUGCUAUCAUAUACACAAAACUUGCGAUAACCCAUCUACCGUUUAUGCUCCUAUCGUUUCUAGUAUUUCCAGAUGACUUGACUAGAGAUAUUGAAAAAAAUGGAGUAAAACUAGCUCCUGAACCGAAGGACGUUGAGACUCCAAAGGGUUCAAAAGAAGAGGUGGAAAUUUCUAGUCUAUCACAAUAUAGAGAAGCCAGAGAGGAGGUUGCCAGUACUUCUGCGGAUGAGAAACCAGAAUGGAGUUUGGCAGACUUCCUAAAAAUUGUUUCUAGGACUGAUGUUAUGACACUUUCAUUGGCGGCAAUGGUUAGCAUUGUUUCUCUAACCUUUGCCGGGGAAUCAUUCCCAAUUACCUAUGCCCAUAUGGAAACGGCAAUGAGAAUAAACGAAGUGUGUGUCCCAUUAUCGUUUCUAUUCUCCAUUAUUUCCAUUUGGUUCUUGGAUAACUUUGGCUCUGUUCCAGUUAUUGUGUUUUUAAAUGUCAUGUGUUCUAUCAUGCACAUUGUCAUGAUUUUCAACACAUUCGCGGCUAGUGUAAUUUCAAGUAUUAUAAUGUCACUAGGAUACAGUUUAUUCCUUACGCAGUACUAUAUAUAUCUGGAUAAGGAAGUACCUCUCUCCUACUCUGGAAGUAUCAAGGGAUGUUUAGUAACAUCGAUUGGCGUGAUCCUAUUUAGCAAUAUUGGUCUUAAUAUGUUGGCUCAUAAAUUUGGGUCUGCCAAGGGAAUACAUAUUGGAUGCUGUAUAGCAAGACUCGUAUUAACAGGACCAAUGGUCUUACUGCUUAAAAGAAGGCGUAUUGUGCAUGAUUAA